AUGAUUUCUGAAAUAUAAAAUACUUAAGGACCAUUUCAUAAAUAAAUUAUAGGAAAAUUUGAUCUAUUUAGUGAUGANGUUGUUCAAAUUCUACAUGUUCUAAAUGUUCAGAUGGUUAUUUCAUUAAUCCCUAAGGCAAAUGUACUGCAUGUUCAGCUAAGUAUGCUAGUUGUGAAUAAUGCAUUAUUAAUAAAUGUAUAAGUUGUUCAAAUAAUUAUUAUUAUGAUAAUAGUAAAUAAUAUUGUUUUUUAUGUUCAACAUUUAAUACUGGUUGUUAAACAUGUUUAAAUACAAUCUAAAUAGGAACAACUAAUAAUAUAAUAUGUUAAAAAUGUGAGUCUGGAUAUGUAUUAACUAGCACUUAAUAAUGUAUUAAAUGUGGUUAAUUAUUUGAAAAUUGUGAUACUUGUAUUAAUUUAGGUAAUGAUUUUUAAUGUAAUACUUGUUUGCCAGGUUAUUUAAAAUUGACUGAUACAUCAGAAUCUACUAUUAAUCCUAUCUAUUAUUGUUUAGAUUGUUCUGGAUCUAUUAUUAAUUUAUUAAAUUGUUAUAAAUGUGAAGUCUAAUCUGAUACUUCAAUAACUAAUUAAUAUAUUUGUAAAUUAUGCAAAGAUGGCUAUUAUUUAGAAGAAUAAUCUUGUCUAAAAUGUCCAAAUACUUGUACUUAAUGUACUUCUCUUACAACAUGUACAAAAUGUUAAACUUCAUUAAUUUUAAACAAUGGUUAAUGUACAGAUGAUACAACAUCUUUUUAACUUACAUCAUCAACAAAUUCUAAUGAUGCAUUGGCCUAUGGAAAUAUACUUAUUUCAAAGUCAAGUUUAGGACCAUUCCCAUUUAUAGGUACUCUUAAUUCAAAAGGAUUCUUCUGUCAAAGUGAUAAAUAAUGCAAUAUGUAUGGAAAAUGUCUUUUGAUAUCUUGUAAAUGCAUUUAAAAUAUAUCUGGAAGUAGAUGUUAAUUCACAACAACAUCUGAUUUUAUUAAAUUAUAAACUGAAUUAUUAACAUAUUUGAAUACCUAAACUAUUUAUGAUCCUAUUUUUGUUGAUAUUAUUUAAUUGAUAUCAGAUACAACUUAUGCAAUAACUGAAAGCAAUAUUAAAUCAUUUCAAUAAGUAUUAGAUAAACUAAUUGCAUUAAAAUUUGAUCUUAAAUAUUUUACAACUAUUGGAGCUAUCUCUAAAAAUUUAUUUAACCAAGAAAAUAUUUCAUCUUAGAAAUUAAAUAAUUUAGAUAAUUCAUUAUUUAAUUCUAUUUUAAAAUAAUCUGAAUCUAUUAUGAUUUCUGAAAUAUAAAAUACUUAAGGACCAUUUCAUAAAUAAAUUAUAGGAAAAUUUGAUCUAUUUAGUGAUGAUUCAUAUUCAACAUUUAAAUAUAAUUUUGUUAAAUCUUAUGGUACCUGUGAUAAUGAUAAAAAAUUAUUAACUCCAUAAAUUUAUUUUACAGAAGAAAAUCUUGCUGAAAUUAAAAUUCUAUAAUCUGAUGCAUAAACUCCUCUUAUUUUCAAUUAAAUGCAUCUUUACUAUUAAAAUCAUAGAUCAUCAGGAUAGACUAUCAAUUCUACUAUUUCAAGAAUCUAAUUAAUUAAAUCUGGAAAAAUAUUAUCAAUAACUGGAAUGAAUAUGGUUAUUGUUGUUCCAAAAAAUGACUAAUAUUAUGCUGAUCUAAAUGAAAAUAAUGUAUGUGUAUAAUGGAAUGAAGAUAAAUAAAUUUGGGAAAAUACUAAAGCUACAUUAUUAAAAUGUAAAUAUUAUACUGUUUGUUAAGUAAAUAAUUUAGGUGAUUUUGGUACUUAUGUUUAACUUGUAAGAAAUGUUACAAAUAAUUCAUCUGGUUUAUCAAGUAUCUUUGAGAUACCAUAAGAAUUUAAAUUUGUCAAAACUGUAUAAAAUAGUGCCUUUGCUAUUUCCAUGACUUUAAUAGGAUUAUUUUUAACCUUUCUUACUUUAUUAUGCAUUUUAUAUAAGAGACCAAUUAAAAAAAAAAAGUAAAAGAAAUAUUCUGACAUCUAUGAAACUGUGUAAACUGGUAAUGUUUUAGUUCAGAAUCCUUUGAAUUAAGUAAAAAAUAGAAAAAAAUCAAAAAAUUUUUGGAGUGUUUAUCCAAUAAAUGCCAUUUUUACAGCAUCUUCUCUAGAAUUCUCUUUAUAAAAGUUAUCACUUUAUAUAAUCUAAAUUUAGAUGUAUGUAACCUUUACUUCCGUUUAUUUAUCAUCCUUGCCAUUUAAAUUUGGAAUGUUAACAGCCUAUUAUUUAUUAGUAAUUAUAUAAACUUGGAUUUGUAAUUAUUUAUAUGGAGGAUUGGCCUUAGCAUUCAGAAAAAAGAGAAAAGGAACAGUAUUUGGAUUUUAUUGGAUACUAUGGGUAAUUUUAUUUUUAGGGAAUAUGAUAAUAGGAAUUUGGUAAAUGUAUGGACUAGAAUUUAAGUUUGAUAUGUAUUUGUUGGUUGGUGUGUUAAUAGAAUUUAUUUUAGAUUCUAUAUUUUGUGAUUUAUUCUUAACUUAUUUGUAUUAGAGCUUAUUUAUAAAUGAAGUUGUUGGAAUAUUCAAGAUCAUAAAAUUUAAAGGUUAUUAUGAAUAAUGA